AUGACAUCUAUUUGGACCAUCGGAGACAAGAAUAAGAAGAGAUCUGUGCCGGGCGAUGAGGAAACAGGUCUAGCUGGUGCAGCUGGUCCAUCCACUGCAGGUCCAGCCGCCCCUCAACCUUCUCCACCCAAGAAAGCCAGAACGGAGUCUAAAUCUUCAUCCAAAGGUUCACCAAAAUCCUCUUUCAAGUCACCAACUCGGAAGCCAUCCAACCCAACCGGAUCACCACCAGCAUCCAAAUCGUUGGCUAAAGGUUCGCCAAAGUCCCCAGCCAUGUCACCGAUUCGACUACCAUUCACAACAACGUCAUCACCUCCAGUAUCACCAGCAAAGACACGAUCCGUGUCCAAAUCCUCAUCCAAAGGUUUGUCAGAAUCCCCAGUCAAGGAGCCCACACAAUCAACAAAUCCUAGAUCGCCUUCUCAAUCACCAGCAAAGACACGAUCUGCGUCUAGGGCAUCAUCGUCUAAGGACCAGUCCUUUACAGCACCCGAAGUAGAGCCACAGUCAACAACCAAGUCACGAACCACGUCCAAGUCAUCAUCCAAGGGAUCUCCAAAAUCACCAACCAAGUCAUCUACGAGCAAGAAUAAAUCAGGACCCCUAACAGACUCCGAAGAUGAAGACCCCGAUAAGCCGCCCAGAAAGAAGUCGAGAACCGAGUCCAAGGGAAAAGGAAAAGAAACGGCCCCUCUUUCUCGCAAACAGCAAAAGUUAAUCACAGGUCCAUUCGAGGACGACAUUGAAGAUUUCUGGGCCGAAGUGACUCCUGAACUCCGAGCAAAGUAUCCCCAACGCAAGUCGUGGAUGACUAUCAAGGAUCAAGAAAUCUUCGUCGCCAACGGAUGCGAUCCAGUGUUCCUGACUGAGCUUGAGCAAACGAAAAAGUAUGCGGGAUCACCAACGUUUGGAAAUCUUUACUUUCAAGGCGUUGAUACGCAUGAUCUUGGAAACGGUCGACUGGCCAUUGGUCUCAUGUCUAGGGAGUCUAACUAUUUGAACUCCUACGUCGCGUUUGAUGAUUCAGCAACGGAUUCAGAUCUCACUGGCGCGGACUUUCCAGAUCUAGAGUAUGGCAAAGAUGUCAAUGAAAAGAAAAAUUAUAGGAAUUAUCGUCCGGCUCCCGUUGUCUGGACGAUGGAUUACGAAAUUGUGGGACAACAGGAUAGAACUGGUCGUGUCUGGUUUCAAUAUGAUGCUACUGAUAGUAUCGAAUGGAAAAAUGAUGGAGAGGGAGGGGAUGGAGAUAACCCACGCCUUGUUCUUGUAAACGAUAUCAUCGUAGAGUUGAAUGGCAAAAACUAUAAGUUUCUAGCGGGCUGGAGAAAUGGAUCAUUGCCUCGUGAUUUGGAAGGGUUGAGUAAGCAAAACACAUUUUUCUUGGCUCCUCUGGUUUCCUGUCUUGCACGUUUGGGACCAACGUUGUUACCCGACUAACAAUCCACUCUUUUUUUAUACUGAAAAUACAUUUACUGAUGCUUUAUAGGCUGGAGAUUGAUACGCCAUAAAAUGGCAGCGAUAAGACAAGACUUUGCAGGGCUCACUCCCGAUGAAUAUCAACCCUUUUACAUGAACGGAGAUUUCGGUGCCAUGGCAGCAGAAGCGCAAGGAAUCAAACCUGAAAAGGAUCCCGAGGAAUUAGGGAAGAAUCUUCUAAAUAAUAUCACUUUAGAUCCAGAUGUUCGACAAAUCAUAAGAGCGUACCUCAGGGCAAAGAAUUAUGAGAACUUGGCAGACAGAGCUUUGGGGACCUUAGAAAAAAGUGGUGUGUGGGACGCAGAAGAGAAAAAGAAAUUCAACGAAAUCUUCAAGAAAAACAAUGAUCCUAUCCCAGGAGUACCGAAGAGAAUUCUCGAAGCAUCUAAAUACGUCAAAACGUAUCUCGAAGAAGACGCACGCAAGCUAGCAGCUGCGGUAGAGGCGGUUCAGAACAGACCCAAGCAAGGCAUGGAUGGAGAAUAUAUCGCUGACAGAGCAGGAUAUAUCAAGCGCGCGAUAACGCAGUUUCUAGACGUGUUGCAUGAGUUAUCUGAGAAACGUGCAAAGCAGGCUGGCCGCCAAUUCAAAUGGUUCAAAAGCAUGCUCGCUUGGUACAACAAAGAGUACGGUACUGAAAUGUAUUCAGCGACAAUACAACAGAGAAAGAAAAUGGGCCGUGCCUGGGCUCAUCAGUACAAGGAGAAGGAAUUGCAAAAAAAGAUCAAAGGUUAUCGAAAGGCCAAAAACACUCCAAAAUACGAAUGGCGAAAAGAGCAAUUUCUCUUUUCGGUCAAAGAUCCCAACGCGAAAGGAUAUGUGGGUAAGUUAAACUGAAUAUUUCUUUUCGGCUUUUAAGCGAGAGGUUGUGUGCUAAAUCUUCUCACUUAACACCUCAAGUUAUACUGGAUUGUUUCACCGAAUUUCUUGAAAGAGAAGACUAACAUGAAAAUAGAUCAAGCGGAGAAAUGGGGAGCUGCGAAGCGCAAAGAUUCUGAUGACUGGUGGGAGCAACAGACAAGGGCGAUUGAGACGUGCGAUUGAGACAGGUGCAACAGUUGAGACAGGUGCGACCGUUGCGAUACCGGUCGUCGGGGAAGAUGGAGGAGACGGGGGAGACGGGGAAGAUGUGAGAGACGAGGGAGACGGACGAGAUGAUGGAGAUUAUGGCGGCGAUGAUGGAUUUGGAGGGGAUUAUGGUGGCGAUGAUGGAUAUGGAGGGGACUAUGGCGGCGGUGAUGACGGAGAUGGAGGAGAUGGCGGUGAUGCGGGAGGAGGUAGUGGAGAUGAUAAACCAGAAUCCCAGGUUGAAGGGUCAGCGUCAGAAGUUGAACAGCCAGAAUCUGUUGCAGGAGGAGGAGACGAUACAGCAGAUGAUGGGGGAAUAGAGGGAGGAGACGAUGGAGCUGUUAGUGGAGAUGAUGGAGGAGAUGAUAGAGGAGACGAUGGAGCAGAUAGUGGAGGAGGGGGAGGGGCAGGGGGAGGUGGAGGUGGAGAGGAUAGCGGAGACGAUAGUGGAGACAAUGGAGGUGGUGGUGGAGGAGGAGGAGGAGGACCCGUAGUAAUCAGAUGCGCAGGCACAACCAAAGCCGGCAACCCAUGCCAAAACUGA